GAGUGAGGGCCUACAGUCCUUCCGCCCAUUUGGGAAGAGAUUAAAGAAGCUGAGGUUGUCUCCUUCUUACUCAUUUGCAGUAACAACCUCACCACCACUACAGCCUCAGCUUCCAGAGGGGACACAGAGGAGGGGACCAGAAGACCAUUCUUGUGAGGUCCUCAUAUAAGUCACCAUGUAUCAAGACUGCAUGGACUCCAGUGGAGAGUAUUAUUUCCUCUGUGACAAUGAGGGGCCAUGGGGCAUUGUUCUGGAGUCCUUGGCAAUAAUUGGCAUAAUAGUCACGGUGAUUCUACUCUUGGCAUUUCUCUUCCUCUUGAGAAAGGUCCGAGACUGCAGCCAGUGGAAUGUUCUCCCCACACAGAUCCUCUUCCUCCUGGGUGUGCUGGGACUCUUUGGACUUGCUUUCGCCUUCAUCAUCCAGCUCAAUGAAAAAACUGCUCCUGUACGCUUUUUUCUCUUUGGGGUUCUCUUUGCCCUCUGUUUCUCAUGCCUCUUGGCUCAUGCCUCCAACCUGGUGAAGCUGGUCCGGGGWAGAGUUUCCUUCUGUUGGACAACGAUUCUGGGCAUUGCUAUUGCUCUCACUCUGUUGCAGGUCAUUAUUGCCAUUGAGUAUGUGACUCUCAUGACAAGUAGAUGCAUGAUGUUUUUGCACAUGACACCCUGUCAGCUCAAUGUGGACUUUGUUGUCCUCCUGGUCUAUGUCCUCUUCCUGAUGGCCCUCACAUUUUUUGUCUCCAAAGCCACAUUCUGUGGCCCAUGUGAGAACUGGAAGCAGCAUGGGAAGUUUAUCUUCGUCACUGUACUCAUCUCCACCAUUAUCUGGGUGGUGUGGAUCUCCAUGCUGUUGAAAGGCAACCCACAGCUCCAGCGACAGCCCCAGUGGGACGACGCAGUCAUCUGCAUUGGCCUGGUCACCAAUGCGUGGGUUUUCCUGCUGUUGUACAUCAUCCCUGAGCUCUGCAUUCUCUGCAGAUCCUAUAAGCAGGACUGCCCUUCACAAGGCAAUGCCUGCGCAGUCCCAGUCUACCAGCGCAACUUCCGAGCCGAGACCCAGGAGCACUCCAGAGCCCGAGACAGUGACGGAGCUGAGGAGGAUAUAGCAUUAACUUCAUGUGGUACUCCCAUCCCGAGGCAGACUGUUGAUCUCACACAGGAGUAUUUAAUCCCACGGGCUACUCUGAGCCCCCAGCAAGAUGCAGGAUUAUAAAGUCUACAGGAAACAUGAGCAGUGAAAACCCAGGAGGCGGUCCUGGUUAACGUAGCCCUGGCUGCGCACUGGAGAGAUCAAUGAGUCGUGCUGCCCACCGAGGCCCGUCCUUCCUUCUCUGUUUCCUUGACCUUUACAUCCAUCGGGACCCUUCAUCGGAAGACCGCCCUUUCAAGCGAAAUUACAAUCUUGCUGGCCACUGUACCUCAGCUGUGUGUCUCUUUCUUCAUUCGUGAAACUGAAAACAUCCAUUUCUUAGCAAUGCUGGAAAGAAGUGGUGCCUUGUUAAUGGUCUAAAGAAAUUAGGGCCAUUCUAAUGCAACAAAGUAUCGGUGUUAAUGGCAACCAACUGCUGGAUCAGUCCUCUAGUUAAUAAUUUUUAAUCAUGCUAAGAAACACAUGACACAAUUUACCAYCUUAACCACAUUUAGGUGUUCAGUUCAGUAGCAUUAACUACAUUCACAUUGUCGAAUAAAAGGUCUCUAGAAUUUUUUUCAUUUAGCAAAAUUGAAAUCCUAUAGCCCCAGGCCCUASCCACCACCAUCUGCUUUCUGUUUCUAUGAGUUUGAUUUAGAUAUCUCACAUAAUAGAAUCAUCUAGUAUUUGCUUUUUUAAAAAUUUUUCUGCUUUCUCUUUACGAAAGUUUAUGUAUUUCUUAUAGAAAAUUUAGAAAAUACAGGUAAGUUAAAAAA